CUUUCACCUUGUGCAGUUGGUCAUGUCCGGUUCCUAGAUCCUAUGUCCUCGCAUGAGAAGUCGAAGAAAGGCUACUUUGUGUAGAUGGCAGACUCGGUAGCCAGACUGAGAGGUCCCCCAAAGGCUCCCAAAGCUGUGCCUGGAAGUGAGGAGUCUAGGAAUGGCAAUGAGGCUGACACUUCAAAGGACUAUGCUUCAGACAUGGAGGAGUAUGCUAAACAGAUGCAGAGACCUGACAGGCCUUGUCACAAGCCAUGUGACUCCCUCUUCUCCAAUCAGAGCGGUUUCCAUAACUACCGUGGACUGCUUAAUGACUGCAUACUGCUACUGGUAUUAUCAAACUCAAAAAGUGCUUUUGAAAAUCUCAUCACGUAUGGUUUUCUGGUGAAUCCCCUAAAGUGGGUGUAUGUGUUGGUCAACAAAGGUGGAGAUUCGGCAUUCGGACUGGUAGCAAUCAGCUGGAUGUUUCCGUUAGCAGUACUGCUCAUAGAGCAAGCUAUGGCCAAAGGUCGAUUGUCCCAGCGUAGCCUGCUGGCCUGCCACAUUCUCAAUCUACUAGUGAUGCUAUUAUUACCAGUGGUCGUGGUGUUCCUGUCCCAGGCAGGACCAUUGGGGUCCUUCUUUGCGCUGAUCGUGUACACUGUGAUCUUCCUCAAGCUCAUCUCUUACACGCAAGUCAACUGGUGGUGCAGAAACAGCCCCGAACAAACCAAAACAGAUUCAAAACAGAAGAUGAAGAUGGUUCAGUAUCCUGAUAAUUUGAAUGUGAAAGAUCUAAUGUAUUUCCUGUGUGCACCAACACUGUGCUAUGAGCUCAACUUCCCUCGAACUAAGCGUAUACGCAAGAUCUUCGUUCUUAGACGUACACUAGAGGCUAUCUUCAUCAUCAACAUCCAAAUGGCAAUUUCCCAGCAGUGGUUGUUGCCCAUAGCACUAGAUUCCCUGGAGCCAUUCAAGGACAUGGAGUGGGUCAUCAUGAUACAAAGAGUCCUUGUGCUCGCACUGCCCAACCACCUGUUCUGGCUGCUGGGGUUCUACUACAUAUUCCAUUCCCUCAUGAACCUCUCUGGAGAACUACUGCAAUUUGCUGACAGGAAAUUUUAUGGGGACUGGUGGAACUCAGACACUAUCGCUCGCUUCUGGCGCACCUGGAACAUCCCUGUUCACCGCUGGGCUUCAAGGCACAUUUACAACCCUCUUGUGAGUCUUGGCUAUGGCAAAAUGACGUCUCAGUUUGCUGUGUUUCUCUUCUCUGCAUUCUUUCAUGAGUACUUGGUGAGUAUCCCACUUCAAAUGCUGCGCCCUUGGGCAUUUGUCAUGAUGGUAUCACAGAUACCUCUGGGCCUGCUUACAAACCUCCCAUUCAUGAGGGGACAAAUUGGCAACAUUAUGGUGUGGAUUGGCAUUGUCUUGGGACAGCCCCUGGCAAUUCUCAUGUACCUACAUGACUACUACUGGAUUCACUGGGCCCCUUUAGAAGAUUCAGUAGUCAAUGCAACGAACUUUAUGUAAUGACGUGGCAGCUUUAAUUUCAAAUUGAGUGUGUGAUUUCCCUUAAGUUUGAGUUUCAUUGCUACAGUUAUGUAAUUUUUAUAUUGCAUGGUGUUCCCCAUUUAUUCUUGAUAGUUUAUUUUCAUAAUCACAAAAA